AUGUGGUGUGGGGGAGGCCAUGUUGAAAAGGGACGUCCAAAAGAAAGCGCUGCAACUGGUGGAACUACCUGCCACUUCUUCAACACUCCAAGAGGAUGCUGGAAUGGAGAUAAUUGCCGCUUCGUUCACAGCCAACCUGAGGGUGGUUUGCCUCCAUGUAGAUUCUUCAGUCUUCCGUCGGGAUGUAGAUUCGGCGAUAAAUGCUUUUUUAGCCACAGUGAUCCAGAACCAGCCAAUAAAGAGGAGGUUGAGCCAGUUGACCGGGUGGUUCAAGACUUGGGUAAGAUGAGCAUUGCUGGGGCAUUAAAGCACAAGAUGAAAUCCGUAAAACCGGUGCUGCAGGUCAAUAUUCCGGACUUCAGACCAGAUCUUUGCUCCAUGGAACCGUAUGUUUCCAGUCUGGUAUUUACCGGUCAACUCAAAUACGAUUGUCCAAUUCUCGACCAAACUAAGUGGAAACAUGGCUCUCUUGCAUUUCACCAUGACAACGAAUGGACCAUGGAACUCUACUUUGACUGUGUCUCACCUGAAAAACCAAUCUUCACAGUAAAUCUGGACAAAAACACAUUGAAGAAAGUUGUUUUCAAGGAGUCUGGAGUAACCAUCUAUUGCGACUAUGAAGACAGCGAUCUCACGAUCCAUUAUCGACCCUCUGCUGUGGAGAAUGUCCAUCCAAUAUAUGCUGUCUUCAGUGAUGUUGUGGAAGAUACUCAGAAAAAAGGUAUAAAGAAAGGGGGCGGUAUUCAAAACCAAGGAGAUCACAUUGACAGUGAUGAUGAUGAUGAUGAUGACGACGAUGAUGAGGAUGACAAUGACGAAGAUGAUGAGGAUGAUGAUGAGGAUUACAUUGUUGAUUGCUUAAGUGAUGAUGAUGAUGAUGAUAUGUUUGAACGAGCAACAAAAGAUCGCUGGGCUGCUUGGAGAAAGACUGUUGCUGAGGAUACGAGAGAACCACCAGAGCUAGAUCUGGUUCAUUGUGGGAUAUGCAAGGAGGUUUUUGAAGGGGACAAAGCCUUUGACAAACUUAAGGACCAUUACUUCCAGAAGUUUCUAAAGCAUGAUACCAUCCACACUCGAUACACACAUGAUGCCCCUCAGUUCCGAGAUGGGACGGAGUGCGUGGUUUGCGGGAAAUAUUUCGGCCACUGUGGAAGCCUUGUACGUCAUACAUUAGACAAGUGUCGGCGCGAGGACACAGAUGGGGAAAACCACAGGGAGAUGGCCAUCAAGGGAAUCGUGGAGCCAAUGUGUUACUAUGAUGUUGAUCACCAUAACAAGCAGACACUCAGGAGUGAAUUAGCUCAGACGCUGGUUCAGGAAUCCUUCCAAGACAAACUGCUUGAGAACAUAGGGUUUUCCCUUCGUGUCCAUGAGGCCCUUGGUCUGGGAUGCAGACAUUUUGGUGACUCAGACUCCGACCCAGACGAUUACUUCAACAGUGAUGAGUUUGAGCUUGCUUGCCAGUUUAUUAAGCCCUGGGAGUUUCUCGGGCUGUAGAGCUGGGAGCCAAAACAAUCAUUGUAGUGCCAGUCUCGUUAAAUAAGACUGGGAACCAGAAUACUCAUCUAGUCCAUAAUGAAACCUUUUCGAGCUGGGAACGAAAAUACUGUUGAGUGCUACACAUAUACAUAGUGUGUAUAGAUAUUAGAAGUUGUUGUGUAUGGGCUUUGUAUAAAUGUUUGUAAGAAAUAAAACCAUUUUUAUUUUAAGACUAGGGAUGUAUUUAUUAAGUAUUUCAAAUCCAGUGUCUAAUACACUAU